GGAGGUGUCUCGCGCCCCUUGACAGUGAACUUUAGAACCGUCGUUGUUCGUGAUGGGGCUCCUCCUUUAGGGUCUCAAACUCUCGGUUCUGUUGGCGGGUCUUCUGCAGGAACUGCUGUAGGGGAGUCCAGGUGAGCGGAAACGCCAUGGCCUCUCAAACUCUGCCCCCUCUGCUGCUGCUGCUGCUGUUGGGGUGGGGCGGCGACUCCCUCCAGGAAAGACCCAACUUUGUCCUGAUGAUGGUGGACGAUCUGGGAAUCGGAGACCUUGGCUGUUAUGGGAACACCAGUCUGAGGACCCCCAACAUCGACCGGCUGGCGCAGGAGGGGGUGAAGCUGACCCAGCACAUCGCUGCAGCCAGCCUCUGCACGCCAGGCCGGGCGGCGUUCCUGACAGGACGCUACCCCAUCAGAUCAGGCAUGUCCGGGUCCUCCAGACCCGGUGUGUUCCUGUUCACCGCCGCCUCCGGAGGUCUUCCACGCAGAGAGGUCACCUUCGCUAAGAUCGCCAAGCAGCGCGGCUACGAGACGGCGCUGAUCGGUAAGUGGCACCUGGGUCUGAACUGCGGCAGCAGCCAGGACCACUGCCACCACCCACACGCCCACGGCUUCUCCUUCUUCUUCGGCGUCCCGCUCACCAACCUGAGGGACUGCCAGCCGGGUCACGGCACCGUCUUCCAGAUCCACAAAUACCUGCCGUACGGGACGAUGGGGGCGGUGCUGCUGUCCGCCGCCGCGCUGCACCUCAGCGGGGCGUGGCGUCUCCGGAGGGGCCUUCUCCUGGGCCUGCCGGUGCUGGUUCUGGUGCUGGCGGGCAUGACUGCGGGCUUCGUGUGGACCGUGCCGUACCUGAACUGCGUUCUGUUCAGGGACGGCAGCAUCGUGGAGCAGCCCUUCAGGUCGGAGAACCUGACCCAGAGGAUGACCCGGGAAGCCGUGGCCUUCAUGGAGAGGAACUCGGCGCGGCCGUUCCUGCUGUUCUUCUCCUUCCUCCAAGUCCACACCGCCAUGUUUGCCUCAGCGGCGUUCAAAGGAAGCAGCCGCCACAGCGUCUACGGGGACGCCGUCCACGAGGUGGACUGGAGCGUUGGUCAGAUCCUGCAGACCCUCGGCAGGCUGGGCCUGAGAGAGAAGACGCUGGUCUACCUGAGCUCGGAUCAGGGCGCUCACCUGGAGGAGGAGGUCCACGGGGGCUCCAACGGCGUCUACAAAGCUGGGAAGUCCACAAACUGGGAAGGAGGGAUCCGGGUCCCUGGAAUUCUGAGCUGGACCGGGACAAUCCCAGCAGGAGGAGAGAUCUCAGAACCCGUCAGCAACAUGGACCUGUUCCCCACGGUGGUCCGACUGAGCGGGGCCAGCGUCCCUCAGGACAGGGUCAUAGACGGUCACGACCUCAUGGACCUGCUGCAGAGGAGGCGGGAACGGUCCCAACACCAGUUCCUCUUCCACUACUGUAACUCCUACCUGAACGCAGUCCGCUGGCACCCCCCCAACAGCACCUCCGUGUGGAAAGCCUUCUUCUUCACCCCAAACUUCUACCCAGAAGGCAAAGCGGCGUGUUUCCACACCCACGUCUGUUUCUGCACCCCAGACUACGUCACCUACCACGACCCCCCGCUGCUCUUCGACCUCUCCAAGGACCCCUCGGAGAGCCGGCCCCUGACGGCGGACACCGAACCGGCCUUCUGGGCCGUCCUGGCGGCGAUGGAGGAGGCGGCAGACUCCCACCGGCGCUCCGUCCAGCCGGUGGAGAGCCAGUUCUCUGCAGACAAGCUGAUGUGGAAGCCCUGGCUGCAGCCCUGCUGCUCCACCUUCAGGCAGCUCUGCCGGUGCCAGCAGGACCGGCCGUGAAACCGGACCCCUCAGAGGUCCCCGCUGGACCCUCAGAACCACUGGAGAACAGGUGUUCCCCAAGGAUCAGGCCUGGGGCCUCUGCUCUUUUAGCUGAAUCCAAGUUGGACACAUGGGGUUUGUUUCUAUGCUGAUGACACAAAUCAGGUUUUAGUUGCAUUGUUACUCUGCAGGAGACCAAGCUCCACCCCUUUUUCACAGCCUGUCGUCAGAAAUGCUUUUGAUGUUUUUGUUUCAUUUUCAGAGUUUUCCUCUAAAUCAACGUUUGUUUGUGUAA